AUGGCCUCGAGCUCAUUAAGUCAGGAAAGUUUGGACCACGACCCUAGUGUACUCACUCGCAGAAUUAAAGUUAAAAUUGCAAAUAGGAACAGAUCAACUUUCAGCAAACAUGAAUCUAUUGAAACUACUGAUGACCACGAAUUGGUGGAUGUGAAAGUUGAAGACCUGAUAGCUGGGGAGCACAUGUUAAGCAUGAGCCCAGGCUCUCUAUUUUAUGACCAUGAAUCACCAAACAGAGCUGUCAAGUUGAAAGACAAAAGGUGGCCUGGUCAUCUGCAUAAAAACAAACCCAUAUUGAAAGAUAAGAGAAAACUUAGAGAGAAAAGAAGAAGUUCUGGUGUUGUUCAUGUUCAGUCAACUGAGAGUUCUGCGGAUUCAUUUGACGAAUCAGAGCCAGCGCCGAUAAGCAGGGACAAUCCAGCACAAACAACGCAAGCAGUGCAACCUGCUGUCACUUCUACGCUGGCUGCUUGUGACAGCAGUGACUCGCAAAAGUUCCUGGCUGGAAUGAUGCAUAAUGAAAUUAUUGAUGCUGAUAACCCCCAGACUCCGGAAGAGGAUCGAAAAAUGUUCAGUGGCAGGACUGUAAGAAAUAAAAGUCCAUCGGAUCUUGAUGCAGACUUGGAAGACAACCAGGAUUAUGACAGCACUGUCAGUCAACCAGACGUUGGAUGUUCGAGGACAAGCAGCUCCACUCGUUUCCCAACCCUUCCGGCAUUUCCCCCAUCAUCUUCCUCCUCUCCAUCUUCAUCCAACUCGUCAGCCAGCUGCAACACAGGCAUGUACAACACCUCUACCAUCAGCACAUCUGCUCUUCACCACACUGAAGCGUGUUCAUUGAUUCGCGGAGGCAAGCCAGACAGCACUGUUGUUCACUUUGCUGCAACUGACACAACUGUUGAAGAGGUUCACAUUGUUUUAUAUUAG